CCUGACUCACGAGGCAGUGGCUGUCUGCUCUGCCGUGGGAGCCUGCAGCAAUGCGUUCAUCAAGAUCUGGCCUCUGUCAGGUGGUCGAGGGUCUCCGCACCUCGUCUCGUGACGGACUGAUGCGUCAGAGGAAAGCCGCGAGGCAGCGGGUGGCCUCAAUCGCGGCCUCUCAGGGCGUCGUGGCGAUGAAUUUGUUGGACAUGGGGAGGAGGAGUGCCGCCAUCGAGCAGAUGGCGACGACGCAGGCGAUGAGGAUGGGUGUCGAUUCGAUGAACAGACGGCCGUUCUUCAGCUCUGCAGAGGUGUGCGCGGAGAAAGAGGACGUUCAUGCAUCGUUUUGUGUGCAUUGUGGCCCCUUGCAGGCAGCUCCAUCGAGUGAUUUUCUCGUCUGUCCCUACUGUGAGUUCAGACACACAUCCUUUUCGUUCUUCUGCCAAGUAGGCACGGCACGGCACGGCGCUGUCUGUCGAGUUGACGGAUGGUGUGUUGUGGUGGUGAUGGCGUGUCAGGGUUGCGGUGCGCUGCAGCCGUCGCCAGAGGAGGCACAAGUCGGCCACUACGAGCUGCUCGACUGGUGGGUGGUGGGACGGCUGUGCUGAUUCAUGCUUUCAGGCUGCCGUGUAUUGUGUGCUUUGUCUGCCUUUCUGUCUGCCCGCCUGUUUGUCUGUCUGGUCCAGCGAUGUGGGCUUCGAUGUGGACACUGCCAGGCUGAGCAAAACCUACAAGACCCUGCAGCAGUCCCUCCACCCUGACAAAUACGCGCACAAGACCAAAGAGAACGUGCCGGUACCCACGCCCAUCCCUCCGAUGAGCAUCUGCACACAGACGACAGACAGACAGAUUGGCUGUGUGUGUUGUGUUUGUGUGUGUUGUGGUUGGUUGAUGUGUGAAUCUAUCAGGACGUGCAGGCAUCUGCCGACCGUGCGUCCGCCCGAGUGACCGAGGCCUAUCGCACGCUGCUCGACCCGCUCAAAAGAGCGCAAUACCUAUUGAGGAAGAAAUUCAACAUCAGCGUACGUGACACCCUGCACACACAGCACAGCACAGCACAGCACAGCACACCCAUCAUUGAUUGAGUCUAUGAGUGUGUGUGACAGGUGUUGGAGGAGGAGCAGCGGGUGAAUGACCCAGAGCUGCUGGAAGAAGUCAUGGAGGUAGGUAGGGACCUACACGAACAAGACACACCGGGCUAUGCUAUCAGUCCUGCCUGUCUGUGUGCCCUAAUGACCAUCAGAUUCAGGAGCGGCUGGAAGAGGACCCAAACACCACGCAGGAGGACAUCGAGGCACUCAAAAAGUACUGUACACACGACACUACACACAAACACCGAGCCAGCCGUCCAUCCAUCCAGCUGUGCCCCCUUCACGUCACGCUGUGUGCUGCAGGGAUUUCGAUGCGCGUGUGUGCAAGUUGGUCAACACGCUGUCGGACCACUUCAGGCGUGCGGACCGCCAGAGCCUGGACGAGUCGUCCAUCCGUGAGGCGGUGGAGCGGCUGCAGUUCUAUUACCGCAUCAAGGAAGAACUGCAGCAGUGGAAACCAAAGUAGAUAGAAAAGAUGGAUAAAGUGAGAUCAGAUCCAUGGAGGGGCUGGCCUGGCAGGGGAAAAUGGGGGGUUCCCAGCUGCGAGGGCCAUGUUGGGUUGGCUGGUUUCUUUGUGUUUGACGUUUUGCACUGCGUCGGUGUCGAUAGGACCUGGUGCGAUCGAUGAGAUAGAUGGACUGUGUGUGUAUAGUGAGUUUGCUGAAAGGCC